AUGUCAACCCCAUUGUACCCGGUGACGGGCUACCCUGGUACUAAGAAAACCUCGCUUCCAUUCGAUGUUUCGACAACUACUAGGAAUGGUACACUCGGAAUAGUCAGUUUAAGUUCCGAAAGCGCAUUCUCAUAUGGCAGUUAUGGCUCAUUUGGGCCAAAAGUUGAGAUUUUUUAUAGGCUUCACGGAACCACCAAGGGAAUUGGGCGCCCAGACUACUGCAAUGUUACAUAUCAGAUUGCGGGAGUCAACGCAAAAGACAAAGAGAUUGGAAUGAACGUAACUGUUGCUGAUAAGAGUUUCUUGGACAAAUUGAUUGAAUCUGCUAUCGGAGGUGUCUUUUGGGUAAAUGAAAAGGCGUUUGAACAGAAGGAAGAUAUUGAAUGCGUGGUUAAAGAAAUUCUUAAUGUCUUGAAAGAUAUUUGGAAUAACUCAGCAUUCGAUCCCGAACUUGCGAAGACAUUAAAUGAGGGGACGCACCAAUCAACUGUCAUUGUACCUGCUAUUCGAGCUUCAUUGAAAAAUCUUCCCAUAGGAGACGCUUUUUUUAUUAGUACAUCGGAGAAUCCACAAAAAAAGACCGACUAUGAGAUUAAGUUAUGGCGAGAAACUAAUGACGGACUAUAUUGGGUACGCCAAAGUCUUAAACCAGAUAAAGAACAGUUUGGUAUCGUAG